AUUGUAUGUGGCUCGCUAUAUAUAGUGAUGUAGCUCAAGUGCCGGGAGCAACACACCUAGCUUAGCUCAUACAAUGCUACUCAUAAUCUUUUCCAUCUUCCUCGUACUAAUUUUUCAAUUUAUAUGGUAUUCCAAAUCCAAAUCCACGGAAGGCAAAAGCUUAGCCCCUUCUCCUCCAAAGUUUCCCAUAAUAGGAAAUCUCCAUCAACUAGGUUUGUACCCUCAUCGGACACUCCAAUCUUUAGCCAAAAAAUAUGGCCCUUUAAUGCUUCUUCGUCUUGGGAGUAUGCCAGUUCUUGUGAUUUCAUCCGCUGAUGUUGCACGUGACAUAAUGAAAACCCAUGAUCGCAUUUUUGCAGAUAGACCACACAAUAAAAUGUUUGACAUCCUUUUAUAUGGUUCCAAAGAUGUUGCUUCAGCACCAUAUGGGGAAUAUUGGAGGCAAAUAAGGAGCAUAUCUGUCUUGCAUCUUCUAAAUGUGAAAAGGGUUCAAUCUUUUCGUGUAGUGAGAGAAGAAGAAAUCGCCAUACUGAUGGAAAAAAUAAGGCCCUUUUGUUCUUCCUCUUUGCCAGUGAAUUUAAGUGAACUACUCUCCGAAGUUACUAAUAAUAUAGUUUGUAGGGUUGCUUUGGGAAGAAAAUAUGGUGGAGAUAGUGGGAGGGUGAUGAAAAAGUUGUUGAUGGACUUCACAGAACUACUUGGUACUUUUACUGUUGGGGACUAUGUUCCUUGGCUUGACUGGUUGAGUCAUGUUUCUGGAUUGUAUGGUAGAGCAAAUAGAGUGGCUAAACAGAUUGAUGAACUUUUAGCUGAAGUGAUUGAAGAGCGUGUAAAUCGUCAGAAGGGAGCCAGUGAGAAGCAUGCAGCUGAUUCAGAUAUUGAAAGCCAUAAUGAUUUUGUGGAUGUUUUGCUUUGGAUCCAAAGCCAAAAUGCAAUUGGCUUUCCCAUUGACAGAACUGUCAUAAAGGCUAUGACAUUGGAUGUUUUUGCCGCAGGUACAGACACUACAGCUACCGCCCUAGAGUGGGCAAUGACAGAACUCUUAAGGCACCCAAUUGUGAUGAAGAAAUUGCAAGAUGAAGGUAGGAACGUGAGUGGUGAUAGAACACACAUAACUGAAGAGGAUUUGUGUCACAUGCAAUACUUAAAAGCAGUGGUUAAAGAAACUUUUCGCUUACAUACUCCAAUUCCAUUAUUGGUCCCACGAAAAAGCACGCAAGAUAUCGAGUUGAAUGGUUACCACAUUGAAAGUGGUACACAGGUAAUUGUUAAUGCUUGGGCCAUUGCUAGGGAUCCUAUGUAUUGGGAUCAACCUGAAGAGUUCAAACCUGAAAGGUUCUUGAAUAGUUCAAUAGAUGUCAAAGGAAAUGAUUUUCAAUUGAUCCCAUUUGGAGCUGGGAGAAGGGGUUGCCCAGGAACAAUGUUUGCUGUGGCUGUUAUUGAGCUUGUGCUAGCUAACCUUGUGCAUCAAUUUCACUGGUCAUUACCCAAUGGAGUAGAAGGGGAGAAAACCUUGGACAUGUCUGAAACAGUUGGCUUAACUAUGCAUAGGAAGAAUCCCCUUCUAGCAGUUCCAGUCCCAAAUAAGUAAAUGAAGGGGUAAAGGCAAAAAGAAAAUCUAAAAUAACAAAAUAAAGUUGUGAUGAUAUAUACCUACGACCUAUCUUAUUUUUCUUGAAGAAAUUUAGAGUUAUGGUGAGUGGUUAUAUGUGUAUUUAUAUUUUAAUAAUUAUAUUUUCAUACUUAUGUUUUUAUAUAUUUUUUUAAUUUUAUCAAAUCAAUUAUAUUUGUUUUUCUUUCUCUAUCUGUCCUCCACCUACACACCUAUAGUUAUAUUAAAUGUAAAAAUUAUGAAUGAACAGUUAUUU